GAAAUUUUUAAAAACUCUCAAGAGAAACUUCGUCAUCAUUUGGUCCAAAUCCUUUGAGGAGUACAGUUGGUUUCCAACAAAAUUUUCUUAAAUCUUUUUGGAUAUUAUGAUAAUGUACUAGUGGUGUAAUAAUCUACAAGAUAGAUCUGUGUGUUUUUCAGUUCUCUCUUUAGUUUUCGCUUGUGGAUUUUGUCUUGUUUCUGGUGUUACAUUUUGUUGACCCACGACUGUUGAGGAUUUUGAUGGAGGUGUCUGUUUAAUAAAAAUUGUGACCAACUCCAAAAGUUGAAAAAGUGUGUGGAUACAGCGAAACCAAGAUCUGCAACGACAAGAAGAGUGGAUUAUAAAACAAAGGAGAGAAAGAGAGAGAUAGACUAACAGACAGAAGAGUGGCUAUAAAAGGGAGAGAGUGAGGGAGGGGGAGACUGGAAAGAGGAGAAGAUGAAAGGCUACAGAAUCCCUAAGAAAAAAGCCAACGAGGAAGCUCUUUCUGACUUGAAUGACAGCACCAACUCGUCGCCCAAGAAAGAAACGAGUGAUGAAGAAAGGGAGAGGAUUGUUCGCCUGGCUAGAGAAGCCUGGGAGAGAGCUGUGAAGAAAGAUUACUCACAGACAGCAAAGAAGACGCCCACCCGAAAGAGGACGUCGGUUUAUGAAAGUAGUUGUCCGAGCAGUAGCAAGUAUUUCAAAUCUUCUUCCCCUCGGAGGUCUGGGAAUCAAGAGAAGAGAAAACCACUAAGUCUGUCGCCCUUAUCUGACGUGGGAACAAGCCGAGGACCAAGUAGACCAAAGAAGCCAUUAGUCAGACACGCUGACAGAUACGACGCCCCUCCACCGAUGGAAUUCAAACACAUUCUUGCUGUGGCUGAAGAAAAUGUUACAGAGAAGCAGAUGAAGCAUACAGCAGCAGUCAGAAAACCGAAGAAAAAAGAGCAGACGAAUCAUAGUUCAAUGAAUGCAGGACAAAAGAACCAGAAUGUAAUGUCCGAAGAAAAGAAGAACUGGAGACAAAUGAACGAAGAACAGAAGGUCUUUGUACCAUUGAGUGAAGAACAGAAGAACUUUGUACCAAUGAGUGAUAGAGAAGAACAGAAGAAGGGAAGACCGACGAGUGAAAAACAGAAAAACCUAGUACGAAUGAAUGAAGAACAGAAGAACUUUGUACCAAUGAGUGAUAGUGAAGAACAGAAGAACUUUGUACCAAUGAGUGAUAGUGAAGAACAGAAGAAAGGCAGACCGACGGGUGAAAAACAGAAAAACUUUGUACGAAUGAAAGAAGAACAGAAUAGCCAGAGCCCAAGAAGCGAAGAACAGAAGAAGGGAAGUCUGACGAGUGAAAAACAGACAAACUUUGUACGAAUGAACGAAGAACAGAAUAGCCAGAGCCCAGGAAGUGAACAACAGAAGAACCAGAGUUCAAAGAGUGGGAAAGAGAAACAGCUCAAAAACAAGGCGGAGUGUGAGGAUUGGUUGUCGUCUGAGGAAAAGCCGUCGUGCCAGAGAGACAGGUCAGACGACAGCGCCACCUUGGCGUCCAAGACAACCCAGUCGAGCGGAACACUCAUUUUAAAACUUUCAAAACUCUCUUUCUGCUCGCUUAAGGAUACAUCACAAAGUCCACGAGAUAAAUCACAAAGACCUCGCGACGCCGAGCCCAUGACAGCUGUGGGUGCUGAGCCGUUUCGUAGUUGGAGCAGCAAAAGUGGUAAUGAUAAAAGCGGGAGCAGGAGUAGGAGUAAUAGUAGAGGAAGAAGCAGGAGUAACAGUGGUAGUGAACGAAGCAGGAGUAACAGUGGUAGUGAACGAAGCAGGAGUAACAGUGGUAGUGAACGAAGCAGGAGUAACAGUGGUAGUGAACGAAGCAGGAGUAACAGUGGUAGUGAACGAAGCAGGAGUAACAGUGGUAGUGAACGAAGCAGGAGUAACAGUGGUAGUGAACGAAGUAGGAGCAACAGUGGUAGUGAACGAAGUAGGAGCAACAGUGGUAGUGAACGAAGCAGGAGCAACAGUGGUAGUGAACGAAGUAGGAGCAACAGUGGUAGUGAACGAAGCAGGAGUUGUGGUAGUGAACGAAGCAGGUGCAACAGUGGUAGUGAACGAAGCAGAAGCAACAGUGGUAGUGGAAGAAGCAGGAGUAGCGGUAUUCGCAGGAGCACGAAUAAUAGUGGAAGUGAACAAAGUAGGAGCAACAGUGAUAGUGGCAAAGGCAAGAGCAGCAACGAUAGUGGUAAAUGGAGGAGUAGUGGUAGUGGCAGGAGCUCGAAUAACAGUGGUAGUGAACGAAGCAGGAGUAGUGGUAGAAGCAGUGGUAGUGGUAGUGAACGAAGCAGGAGUUGUGGUAGUGAACGAAGCAGGAGCAACAGUGGUAGUGAACGAAGCAGGAGCAACAGUGGUAGUGAACGAAGCAAGAGCAACAGUGGUAGUGAACGAAGUAGGAGCAACAGUGGUAGUGAACGAAGUAGGAGCAACAGUGGUAGUGAACGAAGCAGGAGCAACAGUGGUAGUGAACGAAGUAGGAGCAACAGUGGUAGUGAACGAAGUAGGAGCAACAGUGGUAGUGAACGAAGCAGGAGUUGUGGUAGUGAACGAAGCAGGUGCAACAGUGGUAGUGAACGAAGCAGAAGCAACAGUGGUAGUGGAAGAAGCAGGAGUAGCGGUAUUCGCAGGAGCACGAAUAAUAGUGGAAGUGAACAAAGUAGGAGCAACAGUGAUAGUGGCAAAGGCAAGAGCAGCAACGAUAGUGGUAAAUGGAGGAGUAGUGGUAGUGGCAGGAGCUCGAAUAACAGUGGUAGUGAACGAAGCAGGAGUAGUGGUAGAAGCAGUGGUAGUGGUAGUGAACGAAGCAGGAGUUGUGGUAGUGAACGAAGCAGGAGCAACAGUGGUAGUGAACGAAGCAGGAGCAACAGUGGUAGUGAACGAAGCAAGAGCAACAGUGGUAGUGAACGAAGUAGGAGCAACAGUGGUAGUGAACGAAGUAGGAGCAACAGUGGUAGUGAACGAAGUAGGAGUGGUGGUAGUGGCAGAAGUAGGAGUGGUGGUAGUGGUAGAAGUAGGAGUGGUGGUAGUGGUAGAAGUAGACGCAAUAGUGGUAGUGAACGAAGCAGGAGUUGUGGAAGUGAACGAAGCAAGAGCAACAGUGGUAGUAAACGAAGCAGGAGUUGUGCUAGUGAACGAAGCAAGAGCAACAGUGGUAGUGAACGAAGUAGAAGCAACAGUGGUAGUGAACGAAGUAGGAGCAACAGUGGUAGUGAACGAAGUAGGAGCAACAGUGGUAGUGAACGAAGUAGGAGUGGUGGUAGUGGCAGAAGUAGGAGUGGUGGUAGUGGUAGAAGUAGACGCAAUAGUGGUAGUGAACUAAGCAGGAACAACAGUGACAAUGAACGAAGCAAUGGUAGUCGUAAAAGCAAAAGUAACAACAGCGAUCGAAACAGAAGUUGUAGUCGCUCAAGCAACAACAGUGGUAGAUGUAGAAGCAACAGCAGCAGUAGUACAAGCAGCAGCGGUAGCACAAACAGCAGCAGCAAGAAGGUGACUGACUGGAUAAAAGCCAACAGCGUCCCUCACAUGAACGAGACCCUUCUAGUUUGUGGGCCGGGUAGUGAUAGUGACAGUGAUAUCGAGGAGGAAGAACCAUCGGCCCCACACACUUCAAGGAAACCUCUCAGCAAGAUCGUCGGUCGAGUGCAGAGCAAGUCUAGGCAGACUCGCCCACGGGCACGGAAGGCCCCAGGGCCAAAAAGGAAAACUAAGAAGAGGCAAGCUGACUAUUGUGACGUCAGUGAAGACUCUGACGCGGUUGACGUCAUCGGUGAUUGACCCGGGGACGGAGCUGUUACGUCAUAGGAGAUGGUUGUUUAUUUACAGAGGUUCACCCUUUUCCCCAUUAUCCAGAACGAGAAAGCUGAUGACUUGUAGGUGUGUGUGGAGUCAGAUUUCCGCACUGUGAUGAAGGAGGAGACACGUAGCGCCAAGCUGGGACGUAUGGAGGACUUGGAGGACAUGAGGAUGGAGCAGGAGGAACUCCGACGGAAAGCUUCGAUGAAGAAACAGAUGAACAGAAAGAAAUGAUGAUUCUAAAUCUUGUUGCAAUGGGCACAAGACACGACGAGUUUGGAAUUAAAGGACGUCAUAAAUAAAAGUGCAAUACAUGUAUAAUCUUUUAGGGAGACCAACUUCGACUGAAAUGUGAGUCCAAUUUACUAAUUGGGCUCUUUUGCUCAUGUGUCAGGGAUUGUAGACAGUCGUCAGAACUGUGCAGACUUAGACUGAAUAAAGAACUUUAUGAAAAAGAUCGGGACUGUUUUUAGCUCUUCCAGUACAUGUAGCCUACCAGAUUCUUGUGUUAAGUUUGAGGAAGUUUGAGGAAAGUGGAAAUCAAAGACAUAAUACGGGGAUUAAAAGUUUUAUAGAAAGAUGUGCUUACGAAACAAACAACAAGGAAAUCAAUCAAAGACGUUUUGUAAUAAACGGCCGCCUGACUCAUGAAACCAUCGUGGAAACAUUUAUGGAUUAAGGAGACAGUUUUAUUUAAAUUCAAAGUACCAUCGACAUUUCAGCCAAACCGAAUGCAAUAAACAAUCUGUCCCCGCGGAAAUUCUGAAAUUAUGCAAACUGCUGAGCCCCAAAAUGUGAAAUUAUGCGAUUCUGUUAAUUUUAACAAUGAAUGAUAAUGGAAAAUAAUCAGAAAUUAUGCAAAAAAAAGAUCAAAUUUUGCAAAAUUAUGCGGGGUGCAUAAAACGACGGGGACAGGACAAUAGAAAGAAGGCAACGAGACCGUACAAUUGAAUGUUGUAGUUUUUAUCAAGCGGCUUGGUACCAACAAAACCGGGCUUGUCUUUUCUGGUUUUGUUUUUUCCUGGUUGCCUUCGACUUCCUUAGACUUGCACCUAGCAGCAGCAGCAGCAACAUUCUACUUGAGUUUGAUUCUAAUGACUGAGUUGUGAUGUACACAGAAUCUAUUUAAUCUUAAUGUUAUUAUUGUUAUGCUUCCAUCGUGCACGGUCCUGGACGAUUUUGCUGAUGAAUAAAAAGCAUUGGCAUGUGCGUUUGAUUAUUUUUAA